ACACACCCACUGUAUAAAAGCCUUCUCUUUCUCUCCUUGAGAUUACUCUCUUUGUCCUGCAAAAUAACUUUCUUCUCCACUGUCACACCAAACUGACUGAACAUUGCUUGUGAAAAUGAGUGACUUGGAGAAUGCUCUUGCAACCAUCAUUGAGGUUUUCCACAAAUACUCAGAGAAAGAAGGGGACAAGCACAAACUGAAGAAGAGUGAACUGAAAGAGCUGAUCAACAAUGAGUUAUCAUCCUUUCUGGGGCAAAUCAAAGACCAGGCCACCAUUGACAGUUUGAUGGAGAGCCUGGAUGCUGACGGAGACUCUGAAUGUGACUUCCAAGAGUUCAUGACUUUCAUCACCAUGGUUACCAUCUGUUGCCACGAAUUCUUUGAGCACCAUGAAGACGAGUAGGCUACAGUUUAACAGAGGAACAAACUGCCUAGUUUAACAAAAUAAAGCAAUGUAAACCUUUUAACACACUCUUGUUUUAGACUAUUAUAGAUUUUGGGGUGAUUGGAAUGUAUCUUGUCUGGUUGCACUAGCUUCUCAAAGUGACCUCUCAUCAGUUCCUUUUAUUAAAUGUUUCUCAGUGGAGCUUGAAAUCUUGUCCCACAAUUCCUUGCACCCAGAGGAUUUGACUGCUUCCAUGCCAACUGUGCCAUUUUUAUUUAGCAAAUAUUAGGUGCAAAUUUUGUGGAUUUACAAAGUACAUACUUAUAAGAAAUGAUGAACAACUUGAGAACAGCAAUAUGCAGGAACAAAAUAAAAACAAAAGCAUUAUAUCUGAUCAAAGAUUCAGAUUAAAGCAGUUAAAGGUUGUGUUCAACUCAGCCUCUGUACUUAGUUCCAUAUGUUUGAGCAGUAAAAGAAAACAUCAUAUUUUUGACAAUGAAUUCCACAGAUGAUUACUGUGAUAAUUACAUAAUGCAGAGUUAAACAAAAAUGUGCAGUGUUCUCCCAAAUCAUCUCUGACAGUUAUGAGUACAGUGGAUUAAAAUAUUUUUUUUAACUCAGACUGUUGCUUUAACAUUUCCAGAGAAGCAUAACACAUGACAAAUCAAGAACACAUUUGUUGCUGUGAAGCGGUUUGGUACCUUGUAAGACAAUACAUAAAUGUAAUUCAUCCUCUACUGUCUCCUCCUUAUCAUCAUCAUCAUCAUCAUCGUCAUUACCAUCAUCAUCAUCAUCAUCAUCAGAAAUACCCCUAAUAGACUUACUGAUACGGCUUUAAGAGACAGAAACCACAAGGCCUCAAUACUAAACAUACAACAGAUCUAACCACAGCAAGAGGACAGUUCUUGCCUGAAAUCCUUAGAUAUUACAGUUCUAAUAAUCUCUGUCAGCAGAGACACAUGACACUUUGCCUAGGUAAGCAUAUCUUUCUUUUUUAUCCAAUCUCUUAGCUGGCUUGCAUGGAAAAUUGGGUGAUGUUGGGAUGGUACAAGUCAUAUGAUGAGGUAAAAAAAAGAAUUAUGUUCAAGAUUUUUUGCAAUGUGCUGUGAUGACCCUGAAUAAAAUGAUCUGUUCAAAAGGG